CGCAGCCAAUUCCAGUUGUCCCUCGUCCAAAUUGUCAGUGGGGACAGUGGACGAGAUGGGUACAAAUGGAACAAUGUGUUUGGAAUGGAUCUCCUCCCACUCAACAAUGCCCUAGACCUGGAGUUGCGAGGAGUCAAAGAUCACGUCGGUGCUAUUGUAAUGGGAGGGAAGCAGAUCCUCGAUUGUGUGGUGGUUCUCCAACACAACAGCACUCGAUACCUUGCUGCGUCGAUCGCACUCUACCUCCCCCACCAGGCUGUGGCAUAUGGGGAGACUGGGUGGUUGUUCCUGGUAAAUGCGAUCCACCAGCAGGUUGUAUCCCAUUGGACCCAGCGGGAAGGAAACGCGAAAUCGGAGAUUUACGAGACAAGCGGCAGUUUGUGUGUGUCGUAACAAAGUACAAAUGCGAAAAGGUCAGGCAGUGUAAACCAUGUCCAGGACCACAAAGAGGUUGCGUUGGAGCCGCAUCCAAAACAGAAGAUCGGACAUGUUGCAAAGAAGGUCCAACACCACCAACAAAAGCAACAACAGCGGCAACGAAGGCAACGAAGGCAACGCCAACAACCAAAAAGACGACGCCAAAACCACCAACAAAAAUAUGUCCAAUAUUUCAAUGGGGACAGUGGGUGUGUAUUCCGUUGACUCCCCCGACGCCGUGUGUAACUGUUAUUCCACCUCUAACACCACCGUUCGGGUGUAUCGCAAAAGUUGUUCAAUGCUCUCGUACCAAGACGUGUACUCCUUGUGGAGAUACAGUCUGCCCUGUUAUUCCAGAGGCGGAAAUAAGAGGAUUGACGUGCUGCUUGGUCUAACCCUAAGUAAAGAAUGAACUUGACACAACACACGUCUGAACAAAAGAAACUGAACAGUGAAAGCAGAAACAAUUAUGAUCAACAUAUCUUAUAACAAAAACUAAUUAAAGACCUAAAUAAAGACCAAUUCGCAUUUG